UGUAGACAACUUGAGAAACCCCCCCGCACAACCAUGCAGCACUCGAGCGCGAUGUUAACGGUUGUGGUUUUGAUCGCGUACGUUGGAGGAAGCUUCGGGGCUUUUCCAACUACCAUCAAAGUAUGCUCACGGAACGAUCCGGAACUGUCGCGAUGUGUCAUCGAGUCCGUCAACGAUCUAAAGCCGCGACUGGCGACGGGCAAGAUAUCGGAUGACUUCAAAAUUCCUCCACUCGAACCGCUGGCGUUGUCCACCGUCAACAUGGAUCGGGGUGCCGAAUUUAAGGCCACUUUCAGUGAGCUGCUUGUCUCCGGACCGAGCAAGUUUAAGGUUGAUAACUUAAAAGUGAACAUCGAGAAGCUGAUUUUUGAUUUCAACAUCUUCCUGCCGAAGUUGUCCUUCAAGGGAAAGUACGACCUGAAGAUCAAGUUGCUGCUCCUAAACAUUGCCGGCGUCGGCGAUCUGACCGGAGUAAUCGAAAACAACCAAGCUCGGGUGAAGCUACUGUGCGAGAACUACACCAAGGACGGCAAGGAAUACAUCCGCGUGAAGAAGCUGCUCGUCCGCAUCCAGAUCGAGAAGGGCCGGUUCGACAUGAAGGACCUGUUCCGCGGUGAUCCCGUCCUCAGCCAGGCCGGUAACCAGUUCAUCAACGAGAACUCGCGACUGUUCCUCGACGAGCUGACUCCCGGACUCGAGCGGAGCCUUUCGGAGACGUUCAAGAAUACGGCCAACGAGAUCAUGCAGCAGGCGACCUUUGAUGAAAUCUUCCCCGCGUAAGAACCUCCUGUAAGGACUUGGUGAGGAAGUAGUUCGUUCGAUCAUUUGUCGCAGGAUGGAGGCAAAAGCUGGAUGGAAAGUCUCCGGAGCACGAUAACGAACGCUUGAAGAUCUGUGAUGUGUUGUUUCUGUCGGAUUGGAAGUCUUGAUCCGUUAGAUAGUAAGCCAUGUGUGUACCUUGUUUCUUGUCCUCUCGUACCGUCUAAGUUUAACAU